AUGAAUCGUCUCCACCAAGCAAUGAAGGGAUCUAAAAUGUUUGAAUUUCUUUUCUUGAUAGUUGUAGGCAGAAAAAGAGAUGGAAGAUACAUACAACAAGAACUACUAAAGCGCUUACAAAUCAAACCGAAAAAGUUCAGUGAUGAAGAAAGAAAGAGCAUUAUUCAUGAACAGCUGAAGAACAGGAGCUAUUUAUUGUUACUUGAUGAAGUAUUUUCCAAGAUUGAUUUGGAACAAAUUGGCAUUAAUGAUGAACAUAAAGGAAAGAUUGUCUUUGCCUCCAGGUAUUUAGAUGUUUGUGAGCAGGCAGAUGAACAAAUUGAAGUAAAGAGAUUGUCAGACAUGGAUGCACAAAAUAUGUUUUGGGAGAAAGUGGGCAUGCAUUUGAAGGAUAAUCCACACAUCAAGAGAGAGGCAGAAUUGAUUAUCAAGUUCUGCAGUGGCAAUCCACACUUGAUAAAGUUGAUAGGAAACCACCUGGCAACUAAAGCGAGAGUUCCUGCAACAAGUGGGACAGAUCUUGCAAUAUGGCGGAACACAUUGCAUGAAUUAAGAUCACCAACUGGGGAACCAAAACAAGAUUUGGAAGAAGUUUACAAGUCCCUUAAACUUGAAGUCGACAGGCUACAACCAGAUGAGAAGUCUUGCUUUUUAUAUUUGGCUAUAUUUCCAGCUGGUCAUGAACUUCAUCGGGAUUACAUAAUUGAGUGUUGGAGAGCAGAACAGUUUUUGAAGCGCUUCGAAAAGCUUGGGGAGGCACAUGAUCGUGGGAAUGUUAUAUUAUGA